AUGUCCAAGCCUGCUUUGGGUAGUAUAUGGCUGAGGAGGACACCAACUACCAAGGAAGGAGUCGAAUGUUUUGUCAAUGCUCUCUGAGCCAUUUUCCUGCCUGUUAAGACGGAUCGACGACCCCUUUCCCUUGGGCACAUCGCCACUUGAAUCCCGCCGUGUUUCUUGUAGUCCGUGUGUCUCCUCCAAGCACCAGCCAAGUCUUGGCCCUGGCCUUUGUUAUUGAGUGUGGGAUCGUUAGCACUGCUAGCAUUACCACUCCUCCAUACUCUAUACUCUGGUUUCCAUUAUGUCGUUUCUACCUCCCAAUCUGCAGGCCGUUACGGGCCACCCGGUUCCAAUGCAUUCUUUAGGUCACAUGGGCGCCCACGCCACCCAAGCUGAACACCAUUUGUCUAUGCCAUUUCUGGGCCAAUUGCCCGCCCCUAGCACCUUGCUACAGCAGCAACAACAACAACAUCAACCACAACCACAGCAGCAGCCACAGCAGCCACAACAGACCAGCAAUAGCCGCAGUAAAAAAGGCGGGGGAAAGGGUCGCUCUAAUAAGCACACAAAAGCACAGCAACAACAGCAACAGCAGCAGGCCACGCCUACUUUCACCAUUCAGUAUCAAUUACCUACACAGCCACUCCCAUUACAUCACACGACUGGACAUUCUCAGGUGGCAUUUCCCGGCACUUUGCCCAACCCACAAGAACCUCAAGUGACGAAAGGCACCACAACCACCAAUACAACCUCGAGGCCAGCCUCGGCUCCAGCCUCGUGUCAGCAAUGUGGAAAGACUUACGCUUCGGCCUUUGUGCUCGAUAGACAUGUGAAAAGUGUCCAUGAGAAACUGCGCGAAUUCCCGUGUUCGGAGUGCGAAUAUUGUGCCGCCACACGCGCCCACUUGUCCAAACAUAUCAAGAGUGUCCAUGAAAAGCUCCGGGACUUCUCUUGCCACAUCUGCGCCUAUAGCUCAUCCACAAAGAGUUGUCUUGAUCGGCACGUCAAGAUUGUACAUUACAAGGAGAGAUUGAAGUGCUCAUUCUGCUCGUUCGAGGCCUCCCAACGCUAUCGCAUGACCAACCACAUCAAAUCUAGUCACUUCGGCGAGAAGAUCUUGUUUACUUGUCCCUUGUGCGAAUUCGUCACGGAGAGUAGGAGACAGUGUGACCAACAUAAGAAAGCGUGCCGAAGGCAAAUCCAACAGCAGAACCCUCAACAGCAACAAAAUCAAACUCUCGCUAAGCCUGAACGCAUAACGGUCAAACCGGAGAUAAAUAUAUGAUCUGGGCAUCACUUGCUAACAAAUAUUCAGUACAACCAACAAUAGAACGUUUUUUUUCCUUUUA